AUGGAUACAGAUCUUCAUACAGCAUGGUCGUUAUCAUCAACUUGGUGCGUAGAAGUGUUGAAUAUUGUAGAUGAGUUAUCAAAUACUAAACAAACAAACAAUCAUCACAUACAAGCUACACCAUUCAGAAUAACAACAGAUAAUAAUGACUUGGUGAAACUGAUCACCGUUUUUAAAGCAGAUAACCCAUUUCAGUGUCAAACAAAAGAAUUUUACAAAAUUUUAAGCGGAAUAAAAUUGCCAAAUGAUAUUGUUUCUGAAUUGUGUGGUGCACCAGCCAAAUUUAUUCCAAUGGCGACUGCCUUUAUAAAAGACCAUUUGAUCAAAAAAAGAUCAACAAUAGUAUUUACAAUAAUACAUAAAGGCAAUGUACGUCUACUCACUUCGUCAGUAUCGCCGCAAAAACCAUUAACAGUUACAAAUAAUAAUAAUGAGAAAUUAUUUAAUUCACUGAUGUACUGUUCAGCGUUCAGUUCAAAUAUCAAAUUAGAAAUAUUAUCCACAUAUGAAUUUACUACGCCACCUCCUUCUUUCAUCAACAAAAGUGAACCAGCAUUUCAACACAAGUCGAGUCUAAUUCCAUUUACAUUAGAUUAUUUUCCACAAACUAUUACAAAUUCGUUUAGUGAGCAGCCAUCAGUCAUCAUUCUAGAUGGAGAUCAGUUACUGACUGAAGCAAGAAUUCAUAGCCAAUUGCAUUUACCGCAGAGUGUGACAGAUGGUUUACUUUUAGAUGAUUCAAUCAAAUUGGAUUUAGAUGAUUGUUUUAGUGAAGUUAAGUUAGUUUAA